AUGCACGCGAAAUCUGUUUUUGCUGCCGUGUUUCUGAGUGCACUUGCUGUCGCUGCCUCUGCUGGCAACGCUGACGGUGUUGCCACUGCACAUGACCAUGCGGAUACGAGGCACAGUGUUCGCGCCGUGCCGCACAAGCGCCGUGAAGAACGCGUUGCCGCGCUGCAGAAGCGCGCCGACGCGUUGUUUACGCGUGAUGAGCCCAAGCUCCGUUUUGCCUAUGGUCAGGAGAAGGUGCGUGGCGUUAGCGUUGGUGGCUGGCUCGUUAUUGAGAGCUUUAUCGUGCCCUCGUUUUACGAAAACACGGGCGAUAAUCGCGUCAUAGACGAGUGGUCCUACGGCAAGCACGUCGACCACGACCAGGCGCAGCGCGCCUACCGCGAGCACAUUGACAACUUUAUUACUGAGGAUGACUUUGCCGAGAUUGCCUCGUACAAUUUGAACCACGUCCGUGUGCCUUUCCCCUACUGGGGCAUCAAGACCUACAACGGCGACCCCUACGUCAAGGCGAACCAGUACGACAAGCUUAAGGAGGCUGCUACCUGGGCCAAGAAGCAUGGCCUCAGCAUGAUUAUUGAGCUGCACACUGUCCCUGGCGGCGCCAACCCCUACGACCACGGCGGCCACACGGACCAUUCCAACUGGCUUGGAAACGAAGAUGACUAUGGGCGCACGCUCGAAAUCCUCGAAACUCUUGCCAGUGAGUUUAGCAAGAGCAAGUACAGCGCUGUCACGGGCAUCUCGUUGGUGAACGAGCCCAACGGCGACCCCAACGAGAUUUACGACUUUUACAAACGCGGCUACCGCGCCGUGCGCAACCCCGAUGGUGGUGAAACGAAUCUUAUGGUCAUCGCUGGCGAUGCUUUCAAGAACCCCGCCACAGACAACUUCUGGAACGGCAAGUUUCCCCACGGCAAGUACCAAAACGUGAUGAUGGACACCCACGUUUACCGCCUCUUUGACCCCACCUCGAUCGCCAUGCACCAGGACGAACGCAUUGGCUACUACUGCGGCCUCAAGGGCGGCUUCCGCAAUGCCAACCAGAACCUCUACUCGCUCGUCGGCGAGUGGUCGCCCGCCUUCACCGACUGCGCGCCGGAGCUCAACGGCCGCUUCAAGGGUGCUCGUUACGACGGCUCCUUCCCGGGCUCCACCCGCCGUGGCUCUUGCAAGAACCGCUCGGGCAACGCCAACACGUUUAGCAACGACUUCAAAAAGAACCUCAAAAAGAACUUUGAGGCGCAGGCGGACGCGUACGAAGGCGGCGUCGGUUGGAUUAUGUGGACGUGGAAGGUUGCACACCACAAUGCCGACGAAUGGAGCUACAAGGCGGGUGUCAAGAACGGCUGGAUCCCACGCGACCCCACCAACCGCGACUUCUCCUGUUAA